UUGUGCGGCGAGCUGCAGGGGCCGGGCGGCUCGCUGCCCGACCUCACGUCCGUGCACUACCCGCCGCACGCGCCGCACUACGUGCACCGAACCUCGCCCGACUGUCACCAACCCAGAUAUAGCCCGACGUCGCCGGGCGUGGUGUCCCCGGGCGGCGGUAGCGUGUCCCCGGCGACGGGCGGGCUGUCGCCGGCGUCCGGCUCGCCGGUGGGCGCCACGGUGCCGCUCGCGCUGCACCCGCAGCACGCGCCGCAUCCGCUGCACCCGCACGACGCGCCGCUCUACGACGCGCAGGUCAGUGCCGCCCUCGCACACGCACACCGCCAGUACCGCGACCACAGCCAAUCGAAUCACUUAUCUGUACCAAACACAAAUAAUUACCUACAUCAUAAUAAGAACAUGUCGCCGUUAGAUCACAAUUGGAUAACGUCAAGUUAUCAGUCACACUGUAGUCCGCCCUCGCAAUAUUCCUCCACGUCAAACAUAAAUAUACCUUCACCCACAAUGGUGCAUAGUCCAGGCAGUCCUGUAGAGUCGCCGCAGACCGACUACAACAAUCUGCAUCAAGCACUCCUACAGCCCUUUGAGCAAAUUACAAUGUUGGACCCUCCCACGUCGAGUUACAACACGAACUAUAUAAACCAUAGUUCACCCCAUUCGCCUCAGACAACAAACACGCAGCACACAUAUUCUCAGGCGCACGUGUCGCACGCGACGGGCGAGGCGCGGCGCGCGCGCGACCCGGUGGCGGGCGGUGGGUACCCCGCGCUGCAGCCGCUCGCUUCGCCCUCCGCGCCCGCCACGCCUGCCACGCCCGCCAGCAUACCCGACAUCAUACUCACAGAUUACUCGGGUGAGCUAGACGCGGGCAUUUUCGGCGGGGAGGAAGCGCAGCUUCGAGCUGGUCUGGAUUUGGACGACCUCACCUUAUUAGAAGAGCCCAGUGCACUUCUGCCCGAUUCGGCGGUCGAGCACGAGUUUCGACUGGACCGCUUGUAG